GUAGGCGAGUGAGGCCAUUUUACCCCCCAAGAUGGUGGCUUUGUCACUAAAGAUCUGCGUGCGCCAGUGCAAUGUGGUCAAGACGAUGCAAUUUGAGCCAUCCACGCCUGUGUACGACGCCUGCAGGAUCAUCCGGGAACGUGUCCCAGAAGCUCAGUCCGGACAAGCCUCCGAUUAUGGUCUUUUCCUGUCUGACGAUGAUCCCAGGAAAGGAAUAUGGCUGGAAUCUGGAAGAACCCUGGAUUACUACAUGCUACGAAACGGAGAUAUUUUGGAGUACAAGAAGAAACAAAGACCGCAGAAGAUCAAAAUGCUUGACGGCGCGGUGAAGACCAUCAUGGUGGACGACUCCAAAACGGUCGGGGAGCUUCUUGUUACCAUAUGCAGUCGAAUAGGUGAGUGAUCAUCCUCUCCCACCGCAGC